AUUACUAUAUUUCUUAGCAUUUUUCAUUUAAAUAGCUUUUAAAUUCUAUAAAUUUUUUAGGGUAUGGUUGUUUACUCCGAAAAGUUAGCCAAAUUUGAUUUACCCCGCUCAAUUUUUUUUCUAUUUAAUGAGGGGGCAGGGGCAAAAUUAUAAAAUCUUCAUAUUGCAGGGAUAACCAGAAAAAAAAUUGCACAGAGGGUAAAUCAAAUUUUGCUAACUUUACGAGGGAUAAACAAUCAUUUACCCAAUUUUUUAUGAGUCACUUGUUCUACCUAACGGAAAAUUUAAAUUUAACGGUUGGAUUGAUUUAAUUUGUCUCCUACAAAUAGUGACCAAAAAGUUUGACAUAUGAUGUUAACGAAUCAAAAGUCAUAAAUAGAGAGAAUGCGGAAAAAGAGAAACCAAAUUAAAUUGAACUUGUGUUAAAUCAUAUGUGUGUAAUUAAUAUUGAUUACGUUAUUUGUUACAAAGGAUCUAUUGUGCAAAUAAUUGAUUAAUAAUCAAAAUCCCAAUAUAAUUAAUUAGAGUAUAUAUGAUGAUCAUCGAUCGGAUGUUUCAUACAGUGCACACUACUCCUGUUUGUUUUGUAGAUGCUAAGAGGCUAAUUGGUAGGAGGUUUAGUGACCCUAUAGUUCAAAAUGAUAUGAAAUUGUGGCCAUUUAAAGUAAUUGGCCGUCUCGAUGACAAACCCAUGAUUGUUGUCAAUUACAACGGAGAAGAAAAACAAUUUGCUGCUGAGGAAAUCUCAUCCAUGGUAUUGAGAAAAAUGCGUGAGAUUGCAGAAGCUUACCUUGGAUCAAAAGUGAAGGAUGUUGUUAUAACAGUUCCUGCUUAUUUUGAUAACUCACAACGUCAAGCUACUAGAGAUGCAGGUGAAAUUGCAGGCAUGAAUGUUAAGCAAAUAAUCAAUGAGCCUACUGCAGCAGCAAUUGCAUAUGGCCUUAACAUGAAACCGUUUAAAUUUAAUCAUCAAUAUAGAAAUGUUUUCGUUUUUGAUUUAGGUGGUGGUACAUUGGAUGUGUCUAUUCUCACAUUUGACACGGAUGAUAUCCAAGUUAAGGCCAUUGGUGGAGAUACUCACCUCGGGGGACAAGACUUUGAUAAUACAAUGGUGAAACAUUUUGUGAAGGAAUUCUUGAGGAAGCAUAAAAUUGACAUUAGUGGAGACCCACGAGCCGUGAGGAGGUUGAAGUCUGCUUGUGAGAAAGCAAAGAGGACACUUUCUUCCAAUACCAACGCCACCAUUGAGAUAGAAUGUUUACAAAAAGAUAUAGACUUCCACUCAACAAUUAGUCGUGCAAAGUUUGAGGAACUCAACGAAUGUCAUUUCGACAAGUGCAUGGAGAUUGUAGAAAAAUGUUUCGCAGAUAGUAGGAUGGAGAAGAGUAGCAUUCAUGAUGUUGUCCUUGUUGGUGGCUCUACUAGGAUUGUAAAAGUGCAACAACUAUUGAGUGACUUCUUUGAAGGGAAAAAUUUAUGCAAAAGCAUAAAUGCAGAUGAGGCAGUUGCACAUGGUGCUGCGGUCCAAGCUUCGAUAAUGAGUGGUGAGUUUAGUGAAAAGGUGCAAGAUUUGCUAUUCAAGGACGUUAUUCCUUUGUCUCUUGGAUUGGAUACUCACGGGGGAAUCAUGGAAAUAAUAAUUCCUAGGAAUACCAAAAUUCCUACGAACAUGGAGCACGUCUUCACGACUCAUUUUGACAACCAAACCAAUAUUCUAAUUCAUGUUUAUGAGGGUGUGAGACAAACAACUAGAGACAACAACUUGCUAGGAAAAUUUGUGUUGGAAAUUCCUCCAGCUCCGGCAGGUCGUCCUCAAAUCAAGGUCAGCUUCCAAAUUGAUGAUGAUGGCAUCUUACACGUCUCUGCCUUGGAAAAAUUGUCCGGGGUUAACAUGAAUGUUAAAAUAAUAAGUGACAAUGGAAGACUUUCAAAGGAGGAAAUUGAGAGGAUGAUCAAAGAAGCUGAGAAGUGCAAAGAUGACGAAAAGAGGUAUCAGAAGAAGGUAGACGCAAGAAAUGCAUUGGAGACUUAUGCAUCCAAUAUGAGGAAAGUGAUAAAUGAUAAGGAUAUUGGAUCAAAUCUUUCCUCUAAAGACAAGAAAGAGAUCAAUAAAAAAAUUGAUUUGGUUUUAUUGUGGCUUGAAGUUAAUGAUACUGCCGAAAAACAUGAUUUUGAGCAUUUUCGUAGCAUUCUUUCAAGUGUAUUUGAUCCGAUUAUUUUGAAGAUGAUGACGGAUGAAAAUGAUGCACAAACCGGUACUGUUGUUGGUUAUCCUGUUAAGAAUAAAAAGAGUCGUUGGAUAUCAUUAUUAGCAAAUUUUGCCUUUAAUGUAGUAUAUUCAACUGCAACUGGUAACAUCAUUGGGUUAGUUUCUCCCAUAAUUGACAUUGUGUUUAAUAGUUAAAACUUCAUGCAAAUUGUAUUAACAAAUUCAUGUAUAAGGUGACCAUGUCAAGUAUUUCUGUCUCCAAAUUUAUUUUUUUUGUAUGUGGUACUAUAAUAUUUAUUGACAAAAAACUAUUGAUUUUUCGAUUAUUCAA